AUGACACUCACAAAGGAGGCAGUGACAUUCAAGGAUGUAGCUGUGGACUUCACCCAGGAGGAGUGGCGUCUCUUGACCCCUCCCCAGAAGGAACUGUACAAGGAGGUGAUGCUGGAGAAUACCUGGAACCUGAUCUUUGUAGGUGGCGUUGGGUGGCCGGGCGGGACCGGGGACCGGGGAGCGGGCCCGGAGCCCGGUCCCACCGGCUGGUCCCCGCAGAUCUCCCUGGAGCAUGAGAUCCUGCUGCACCCGCGCUACUUCGGGCCCAACCUGCUCAACACGGUUAAACAGAAGCUGUUCACCGAGGUGGAGGGCACGUGCACGGGCAAGUAUGGCUUUGUAAUUGCCGUCACCACCAUUGACAACAUCGGGGCAGGGGUGAUCCAGCCUGGCCGAGGGUUUGUGCUGUACCCCGUCAAGUAUAAAGCCAUCGUCUUCCGGCCCUUCAAGGGGGAGGUUGUGGAUGCUGUCGUCACUCAGGUCAACAAGGUGGGACUCUUCACCGAGAUUGGACCUAUGUCUUGCUUCAUCUCCCGCCAUUCCAUCCCUUCUGAGAUGGAAUUUGAUCCCAACUCUAAUCCUCCAUGUUACAAAACAGUGGAUGAGGACAUUGUGAUUCAGCAAGACGAUGAAAUCCGACUAAAGAUUGUGGGCACCCGGGUGGAUAAGAAUGACAUUUUCGCUAUUGGCUCCCUGAUGGAUGAUUACCUGGGUCUUGUAAGCUGAAUGGAGAUGGCCUUCCUCAUCCUUGUUUCAUUUUAACCUUUAGCGAGACACAGCAGGCCAGCUCUCAGAGUCUCCCCAGCUGGGUCCUGCUGCUGCUGUUUGGAAGAUGGAGAAAAGAAGGUUUUUUGUCUCUGGGAGACAUCUGGCCUUUUCUGCCUCCUGAGAGUGAGAUGAUCCUUCUCAAACUGCUACUAAUCUCUUUUAAUAAUACAGGCUUUUGGCUCUUGACACAAUCCAGUGCCUUUCACCCUGGAUGGUAGUGGGCACAUAAUAAAUUUUAUCAAACAGUU